ACCCCGUAGUCCGUCCACACUCGAUCUCCUUUCCGUAGCCCAUAAUUAAGCUUUCCGACUUUUCAACUUCACACAAGAAGCAAACAAUUCCACCGCCUUCCUCUCCAUUUUUCCUUUUUUCCAAUCCGUAUUUGAUCGAUCCAGGGGUGGGGGAAUGGGGAAUACGUGUUGCGGAUUAUGUGCGUGCGUUGAUCAGGCCAGUAUCGGUGUAGUGGAGAGGUGGGGUCGUUUCGAGAAGUUGGCGGAGCCUGGCCUCCACUUAUUUAACCCCUUCGCCGGACAGUGCCUCGCCGCCGUCCUUUCUACCAGAAUCUCUUCCCUCGAUGUCCGCAUCGAAACCAAAACCAAGGACAACGUGUUUGUUCAAUUGGUUUGUUCCAUUCAGUACCGAGUGAUGAAGCAACAUGCUGAUGAUGCAUUUUAUGAGCUUCAAAAUCCCAAGGAACAGAUCCAAGCUUAUGUGUUUGAUGUGGUUCGAGCUGUAGUUCCAAGAAUGAAUUUGGAUGAGCUCUUUGAACAAAAGGGCGAGGUUGCUAAAGCUGUUCUUGAGGAACUUGAGAAGGUGAUGGGAGAAUAUGGAUAUAGCAUUGAGCAUAUUCUGAUGGUUGACAUUAUUCCGGAUGCUGCUGUGCGCAAGGCAAUGAAUGAGAUAAAUGCAGCUCAAAGACUUCAGCUCGCUAGUGUUUACAAAGGGGAAGCCGAGAAGGUGCUCCAAGUUAAAAGAGCGGAAGCUGAAGCCGAAUCCAAGUACCUGGGCGGCCUGGGUGUUGCCAGGCAGCGGCAGGCAAUCACGGAUGGCAUGAGAGAGAACAUCUUGAAUUUCUCUGACAAGGUGGAAGGCACCUCCGCCAAGGAAGUGAUGGAUCUUAUCAUGAUCACACAUUACUUUGAUACAAUCAAGGACCUCGGAAACUCCUCCAAGAACACUACUGUUUUUAUUCCACACGGACCUGGUCAUGUCAGAGAUAUCACUGAGCAGAUACGGAACGGGCUGAUGGAGGCAUCUAGUGCUGGAGUAAAUAUCGCCGAGUAAGUAUUCGUAAUGGUUGUUUUGAAAUGGAGAAGAUUGAUCAUAUAGGUAGGUCUUUGUGAUAAGAGUUCUUAUGCAGUUGUGAUACUUGAUGGUGAGACUAUAAUAAGAUUUGGUAUAUAGGGUUGUAAAAGAUUCAGCAGCUUGAUGAGAUGAGAUUGCCUUACUUUUUGCUUUUA